AUGUCCGUGAAAACACAUCCAGGUUAUCUGGACAGGGCAGUGUUUCCCCGCUGCGACGAGCUGCUCUCUCGUAGCCGUGCCGUCCCUGUCUCCCUUUUCAUCCGUUAUAGCUCCAUUUUGGACUUGUGGGAGCUGAACAGAACUGGCUUUCUGGACCGCCUCAACAUUUCGUGCAAAGGCAUAGAACUAUUGCCAGAUGACUGGGAUGCUGAUACCUGGGAUUGGAUGGACGUCUUUCUUCGGUUACUUUGCAAACACGGAAUCGUGUUGGACUCUUUCUCAAUCAUUGACUUUACGGCUCCCGAUGAAUACGAACCCCCGCCUCCCCCGCCUUCGCCUUUCUACACUCACAUGACCAAUGUUCACAUUCUGUUAGAGCGCCUAUACUUCAACGACACCAAUGUUAUGCUCACCUUUCCAUCUGUGACCUUGCGGCGCUUGAUUCUGGACACCACCUACUCAUACAGUACUCUGGGCCUCGGCACUUCACAAUUCGCUACCGAUUUUCCGCACUUAGAGGAGCUCUAUAUUCACUCGCGCCUCAUCUUGUUACCGCCACCCACUAUCACAGAAGAAUCAUCUUCCACGCCGUCCGAAGCAUCAGUACAGGUGCCUCAUCUGCGAACCCUAUGUAUCCUCACGGACUGGAACAACAAACGUGACCAUACGGUGCAGAUACUUAGGUCAUUGGUUCUUCCAUCUCUUUCGGAGGUUAUUUGUGGAUUUCCACGUCGUCGAUGCCAGUUUCCGCAUUCAAUCGCGGAGACGCUGGAAGAUCUCUUUGCGCGCUCCCAAUGCCGUCUCAAGGACGUCGGUUUCUACAACGCAGAGGUCGACUGGGCAGUGGAGUGGAUCGGUCUACUUAGGGAAACACAACCAGACGUUCAGUUACGCUUGUUCGAUAGGUCCAAUUGGCACAUCAGGCAAGUGAAGGAGGCUUGGUAUCAUUGAUAUUCUGCUGAAACUCAUGUUGGCUGCCCACAAUUGCGAUUUCAUAAAU